AUGACUUCUGAGGACUCCAUGUUUUUAGAUCAGCGGCUAAAAUUCGCUGCAUUGCAACAUUCUGUUCCCCCACCCCACCCCAGUCUGUUCCCACCUGUUCCACCCCACCCUGUUCACCCCACCUGUUCCACCCCACCCCCACCCACCCCAGCCCCCUGUUCCCCACUCCCUGUUCCUGUUCAGCCCCAGUUCCUGUCUGUUCAGCUCCACUGUUCCCAGCUCCACCCCAGUUCAGGCUCCCUGUUCCCACUGUUCCCAGCCCCACCCCACCCCCAGGUUCCCACCUGUCUCCCACUGUUCCUGUUCAGCCCCUGUUCCCAGCCCCACCAGUUCCACCCCAGCCUCCCACCUCAGCUCCCUGUUCCACCCCACCUCAGUCUCCCCACCAGUUCUGUUCACCCCCAGUUCCCACCUCACCACCCCACUCCCACCCCUGUUCCCCACCAGUUCCCAGCUCCACCCCUGUUCCAGCCCUCCCAGUUCCGUCUCCCCAGCCUCAGCCCCAUGUUCCUCACUCCCACUCCACCCCUGUUCCCGCCCCACUCCCAGCUCAGCUCCCACCACCUCACUCACUCCCAGCCUCCCAGCCCUGUCACCUCACUCCAGCCUCCCAGCUCCCACCUCAGCCUAGUCCCAGCCUGUUCCACCAGCCCCAGCUGUUCCAGGCCCCCACCAGCUGCACCUGUUCCCACCCCACCUCCCACCCCACCUGCCUGUUCUGUUCCCACCUGUUCCCCACUGUUCCAGUUCCUGAGCUCCCACCCCUCCCCACCCCACCCACCUGCACCCUGUUCCUGUCUCCCACCUGUUCACCCCACCCGUCUCCACUGUUCACCUGCCCCACCCAGCUCCCACCUGGUUACCCUGUUCCCACCCCCAGCUCCUCCUGUUCCCAGCCCACCCAGCUCCCACCCCUGUCUCCACCCCAGCCCCACUGUUCCACCCUGUUCAGCCCCACCCAGCUCCCCAGCCUCCACCAGCCCAGCCUCCCCCAGCCACCAGCCUCCUGUUCACCCACCCCACUCCAGCCUCACUCAGCCUGUUCCACACUGUUCCCAGCCCCAGCCUGUUCCCACCCCACUCACCCCAGCCUGUUCAGCCCCACCAGCCUCCACUGUUCACCACCUGUCAUCACCUGUUCAGUUCCUGUUCCUGCCCCAGCCUCAACUCCCACCAGCCCCCACUCCACCUGUUCCUGUUCCACCUGUCUCACCUGUUCCCCCCCAGCCCAGUCUCACUCAGCCUGUUCCACUGUUCAGCCCACCUGUUCCCACCCCACUCCAGCUCCCACCAGCCCCACCCUGUCUGUUCCUGUUCCUGUCUCCACCAGCACCCUGUCUGUUCCCACCCCAUCUGUUCCUGUUCACACACCCUGUCUGCAACUCCACCUGUUCCCCAGUUCCCAGUUCACCCUCUGUUCCACCCCUGUUCUCACCCCUGUUCCACCCCAGCUCCAAACCCCUGUUCCUGUUCCUCAGUUCCCACUCCCACUCAGUUCCUGUUCCCCACCAGCCCCACCUGCACCCCCUGUUCCCAGCCCCAGUCUCAACUGUUCAGCUCCCUGUUCCUGUUCCCCACUCCCACUCCCCUCACUCCCACCUCAGCACUGCCCUAGUUUCCCAGUUCCACCUCACCUCACCCAGCUCACCUCACUGUUUAAAUAGCCUCCUGAACUCCCCACCAGUUUUUGCUUUAGCCUUCCAGCCCCACCACCCCAGCCUCACCUUUUAG